AUGCCAGCUCCAACUUCCAGCGGCGGGACACCCGCACAGACUCGGGCUGGAAUCGAACUGGAAAUCAAGCAGACGCGACAGAAGCUUGCUCAACUCGAGGAGAAGCUAGAGGCGGAGAAAAAGCGCGACUCGGAGGACAACAACAGGAAGAAAAGGAAGUAUGAUGAGUUCAUGGGACCUCACGGAUCUUUCUACAGCCAUGAACGCCUGUGGAUGAACAUCUUCUCCAUUGCAAAUGUUGAGGGCACAAGCCGGCGGCUGUGGCCAGCAAGAAUCGCCAUGUAUGAUGAGAUACGCCGGGCUCUCACAAAGCUCCACGAGUCCCCCAUCUCUUCGCCCUCGUUCGACCGCAUCAGCCAUGAAGAACUCGAAGCUCUCAAUGAGAUUUGGGGCUGCAUUACCGCAGACCAGAACGCAAUCAGAGCAUGGGAAGAACCUCUUCUCACUUCAGUCCGCGACAGGAUCGUUGCCCUCACGGACAAAGCAAUCCCGGCUGACAACAGGCCCAAAGCCGACAACAGGCCCAAAGCCGACAACAAGCCCAAGGGACGCAGCAACCAGGCUCAGUGUUCUCCGAACUAA